UUUCGAUUGACUGCCGACGAAGCGCUCAGACAUCCGUUCUUUAGUGAGUCGGGUAAGUGUUCGUGGUAUGGACCCGGCUUUGAAGGUAAAAAGACUGCUUGCGGACAGAUAUUUCAUGCAAAUGAGAUGACUGCCGCCCACCGGACACUCAAAUGCGGAACCAAAGUAAAGGUGACGGCAAAUGGCAAGAGUGUAGUGGUCACUGUCAAUGAUAGGGGACCCUUUGUGGCCGGACGUAUACUGGACCUGGCUAAAGGUGCCGCUGAAAAGCUGGGAAUUGUAAGCGCAGGGGUGGCGCCAUGUACUGUAACCCCUGCCUAAGUUUACAAUUAAAAUUCAUAACAAUUUAUGUAUAUUAUAAAAUUUGUUACUGUUAAUAAAAGUAUAUUUUGCUAUUACUAUAUAA